UCGGCAAUGUUCGGUAAAACUCGGAAAAGGAAAUCAAGAUGGCUGGCGGAAGAGACACUGGAAGUGCGGUACAGAGACAAAUUCAGCAGGACUGGGCCAACAGAGAGUACAUAGAAGUCAUCACUGCUAGUAUAAAGAAGAUAACAGACUUCCUGAAUGCGUUUGACAUGUCCUGCCGCUCCAGGCUUGCCAUGCUGAAUGAGAAACUGACAUCCUUGGAGAGACGCAUCGAGUAUAUCGAAGCCCGGGUCACAAAGGGCGAGACUCUGACUUAAGUAUUCUGUGAAGAGAGUGAUGCAGGGACAGUGGACGUGAUCAUCAGGACAA